GUGUAACUAGACACUUCCUGUGGCUUGCUGCUGAGAGCUGUGCUGCUUUGUCCUCCCAGCCCUGGUGUGUGAUGUACGGUACAAGCUGACUGCUGGAGCUGCAGCGGCUGGAUGAGCUGAUAUUCAACAGACGCCACCUUGCAUCACCAGCCCGACAAGCCACAACAACAAGACAGCAAAUCCAACCCAACUUGGACACAUAGAUCUACAGGGAGCCAUUGUAUGGACUUAUACGGGAAGAUGGCCUCUGUACAGGAUGCUAGAUAUGGACAGAAAGAGUCUUCAGAUCAGAACUUUGAUUACAUGUUCAAGCUGCUCAUUAUUGGAAACAGCAGCGUCGGCAAGACAUCAUUCUUGUUUCGCUAUGCUGACGACUCCUUCACAUCUGCAUUCGUGAGCACGGUUGGAAUUGAUUUCAAGGUUAAGACAGUCUUCAAAAAUGAAAAAAGAAUUAAACUGCAAAUCUGGGAUACAGCGGGACAGGAGAGAUAUCGCACUAUUACAACAGCAUAUUACCGAGGAGCAAUGGGGUUUAUUUUAAUGUAUGACAUCACCAAUGAAGAAUCAUUCAAUGCAGUACAGGACUGGUCAACGCAAAUCAAAACAUAUUCAUGGGACAAUGCCCAAGUAAUAUUGGUUGGUAACAAAUGUGACAUGGAGGAUGAACGAGUAAUUUCUGCAGAUAGAGGGAAACAUCUGGCAGAACAAUUAGGUUUUGAAUUUUUUGAAACCAGCGCCAAAGAUAAUGUCAAUGUCAAGCAGACGUUUGAGCGGCUGGUGGAUAUUAUCUGCGACAAAAUGUCAGAGAACUUAGAAACGGAUGCCGCCACCACAGCCAACAAGCAGAGCACAAGACUGACAGACAAGCCGCCUCCACAGCAGCCCAACUGUGGCUGUUAGUAGUUCCAUGCAGGUGUUUUCAAUGUGUUCUAUUGCCAAUAAGUAUUUAAAAACAAAAACAAAGGUCUAUGCCAGGCAUGGGCAUCCUGCUGGCCUUCAGAUGUUGCCAAGCUACAAAUCCCAGCAUUCCCUACCAUCUAGAGGCUUGCAGGGCAUUCUGGGAAUUGUAGCUCCACAAUGGCCGGAGGAGGCAGGCAGCCUGACCCUAGUCUAUAUGCUUUUAAUUUCUUCUGUUCUAUAUAUCUGUCUGGAAAGAAAAUAAUUUGCUCUUUUUUGUAUGGUCAGCUGAUGAAUGGUGGCCUGGAGGCUGAGACCUUACAAUAAAUGUUUCCUGCUGUUUGCAAGUUAAAAUGGCUUUGUAUGCUCUGAUAAUGUGUAUGUUCCUGACUCCUCCUUAUAUAACAUGAAAUCUGCUCUUUUCUGAGAACGUUCUGUUCCAAAUGAAUGAAUGAUUAGCUUUUGUGUGUAGUCAUAGAGUGAUUUCAAAAGUUGGUGUGGGGAAAGUAUGAUAACGUUCUCAAUAGAUUGCUAAGGGUUAACAUUAUUACAGAAAUCUGUGUUUUACUGUCUGAAAUGUGUUUCUAAUGUUCACACAAUUCUCCAUACAUAGAAUGGGAUCAAAUUAAACCCAUUUUGUUCAUUCUG